AUGUCCGGCGUGUCUUCAGCCCAGAAUCUCAGAGAGUUCAUCAGCGAGCGGCUGACUGCCGCCGCGGAGGAAAUCUUCUCGGUCUUCCAGAGAACCAUCGCCCAGUACGAGGAAGAGCUGGACCGCCAGCGCAGACUGCUGGACGGCGGCUGGAGACCGGAGGUUCGGCUGGACCGGACAGAAUUUCCUGUUCAGUUCCUGAGGAAAGAGGAAGAGGAAGUCCAGCAGCUCUGGAAGUCCAGUUCUGACCGGGAGGAACCAGAACCUUCCCGGGUCAAAGAGGAAGAUGAUGCUCUCUGCUUCGUCCGUGAUGAAGACCCACCGGUUCUGAAGCCGGAUGCUGAUAUCGCCAUGGUAACAUCUGCUGAUAGCGAGCCAGAACCCAGCAGGGACCGGAGCGUGUCCGAGUCGGAGACCCGAUACCCGGCGGGAAGCUGGAGCGAUGACUCGGACUCGGCCAGAGAUCGGACCGGGUUCUGGGGCAGCAGGCAGGAAGGUCAGGAACCAGACGCUCUGACUCCAAACAGCGGCCUGCUCGGCGCUGCUGCCGCUGGGGUCAGAGGUCAGGACGGAAGCUGGAUCAAGAAGGAGCUGGAGCCAAAGAGGAGACGGGUCAGGAAGAGGAGCAGCGGUUCCGGCCUGGUUCCGGGUGGACUGGGGCUGCGGCCCGUUUCCUGCGAUGUCUGUGGUAAAGCCUUCAGGUGCAACUCGGAGAUGCGAGUCCACUUGCGCGUUCACACGGGUGAGAAACCGUUCUCCUGCGACGUCUGCCAGAGGGCGUUCAGCUUCAAGGUCAACCUGUCUGUCCACAUGCGGACGCACACGGGAGAGAAACCGUACGCCUGUCAGUUCUGCGAGAAACGCUUCUCGGAUCAUUCAUCGCUCCGGAAGCACACCAACGUUCACACAGGAGAGAGGCCGUACUCCUGCGCCGUCUGCGGAAAGCGCUUCAGCCGCAGCAGCCACAUGUGGCGGCACGUCAGGGUCCAUGCGGCAGAGGCUCCGCCCACCUGAGAGACGCCCGCAGGUGCAGCCCUGACCCAGUCAGUAGGUCCGGUCCGGGUCCAGAACUUUGAUUUGUUUUUAUCAUGUUUCUGACCGAACGAAUCGUUCUGGUUCUGUUGGAUCUUAUCUUAUUUUUUGCCAAAAGUGAUUUUUUUUUGGUAAAUAAAAUGAUUUAUGUCAUUGUUUUAGUAGGGUGAUGAUAUUAAAUUUGAUGUUAUGACCUCUUACAUAGUAUUUGAGUUGCCUUUUUAAUAAAAUAAUUUUUUAAGUCUUA